AAACGAGGGGAGGAAUGGAGCUCAACUCCGGGAGUCUCCAAGCAUCGGUCAAUAUCCGGCGAAAAUCCAGAUUCAUUGGCUGAGAUUUUGCCACGUCGGCAUGCCCUAUCCACCCAAAAUCAACCAACUAAAACCUCCUCCUUCCACAACCACUCCUCCUCCAUCGCCCGCCACACCCAUCCUCCAUUCCCAUGGCCAUCGCCGCCACCUCCGCCGCCUGUCCGCCGUUCCCGGCCGUCCCCCACCCUUCCUCCGCCGCACUUCUCUCCGCCAGGCCCAAUCCCAAAUUCUCCUCCUCCCUCCGCCCAAUCACCAAGCUCCACGCGUCCUCCUCCACAUCAAAGCCCCUCGCCAGAAAGGGCGGCGGCGCCCGCGAAGGUGAAAGCAUCUUCUUCGACGGCGGCGCUCACUACGGCGACCUGGUGGUGAACCUCCUCCUUGGGUUCACUCUGCUGUGGCUCCCGUUGACGGUGGCCGCCGCCUUCAGGGCCUUCUUUUUGAGGUACAGAUUCAGCAACCUGCGGGUAACGGUCAUCUCAGGGCUGACCGGUCAGGACAGAAGCGACUUCUCGUAUGACGUCAUCAAGGACGUUCAGGUGGUUCCGAGGUUUAUUGGCGAGUGGGGCGACAUUGUCAUUACCCUCAAAGAUGGAACCAAAGUCGAUCUUCGCAGUGUCCCCAAGUUCAGGGAGAUUGCCAAAUACUGCCUCAGCCGUUCCUCCGCCGGCGCCGCCGCCGCCGCCGCCGACAACUCCCUCGGCGUGGCUGCCCCUAAAGGAUUUGAUUGAACCAACAAAGGAAACAACAUACUACAUCAGUGACCUUCUGAAUUUUAUUACAUUAUUUUGUCCGAGAGACUACACUUUAUUGCACUUCGUAAACACAAGUUUCUCUGCUUCAUUACAUUAACAACAAAUUACCUUAAUUUUAUUUUUUUUUGGUUAUGUGAAAUGUACAUUAUGCUCCAUUUGAAUAGGCUUUUGUUGA